UUUUUAAUAUCACUGAUAUGUUUUUUUUUUUUCACGGGGACAUCGAACUUCAACGUGUCCGCUCGGAUAAGAACUCACUACUUUGAUUCUCGUUUCGUUUACUUUUGAAAGGUCGUCCAUACUGCAGUGUAGAAGACUACUCCCCAUCGCAAUCACCAACAAAAACAUCAUAUAUUUGUCCGUCUGGAACUGGAGAAUAGCGUUUUUCGGCACUUGGUUCUCUUAAGGUUUACUCCAGUUGCUUCCAACUCUUUCUCUUUUCCUUCUUUACGAUCAAGCUACACAGCUACACUGUCAAGUACAUGUUUCUGAAUUUUUCUACCCAGUAUAAUUCAAGCGGGCGAAGAAACCGAUGUUGGAAGGCAGCGCUUUAAUCACUCUUCACUUUCACUCUCCCGGUUUUCAGAACUAAACAAGGCGCUUGACACAAAUGAAUACAACUGAUGAAGGGUUUUCAUUUUCCUUCCACAACAAGUACAAACUCGGUCCGACUUAUCCUCGGCACGCAAUAUUCUCUUUGCGAGAAUUACAACAAACGAGCCCGUCUGCAUUGAGCGCUGAAACAAGUUCUCGGUACCAAUCUGAUCCCCCUGAGAACCAAAUUUGACACACAGACGAAGCGGGUGCCAGCUUGGCCUGUUAUCAAUCAACUUUGAUUUCCGGAACGUCAUUUUUCAGCCAAUGGUAUUUCCCUUCGUCUGGGCGAAGUACAAAUGAAAAUUUGUAAGGGAUGGUUGCAAGCUCUCCUUUCCUCUGCCCCUCGCGGCUUCGCCGCUCGCUCGCGCGUUCUCGCGAGACUCGUUUCACUCGCCCAAAUAGGAGAGCUUGCUCGCAGGCUAGUUUGUAGCGGGUGAUGUUCUCCCUUCGAUCGACAGUUAGAUCGCGGCGCUGUUAUGCAGAGAUGCAACAACACAAGUGGAUUUCGGGUUUUUUUUUAUGAGGAAGCGAGUACAAUAGAUACUCUUUCAGAUUUCAAAAUAAUCCUCUAGCUGUUCUUAGCAAUCAUCUCCGAUGCAACGGGAAUUGGAAUUGAAUUUUGAGACCUGAUCUAUGAGAAAUCAGCAGAACAGGCGAUGUCAUUGCAGUCGAAAGUGAUGAAGCCGGUUCAAAAGUGAGACUUUUCCCAGCUCCCGUUUGAGCAGUCACAAAAACAUCUCUCCCCGACACAAAAAUAUAUGCUUCGAUUGUUUGGUGAUUAUCCUUCGCCAUAGCAUCUGCUUUCCCAAUGGACAAGUCACGUUUUAAUGCGCUUAAUUGCUUGUGAGUGACAACUUUAUCCCCCAGGGUCCUAAAGAGUCAUUGUGAUUGGUCUAAGGGCAGCGACCCGUAUUUGGAUCGCUAAAACUGGCGCCAAUCAAGUAUGAAAUGUCCUUCGUCCGCGCCAUAUUAGGGAGUUUUAGACCCUGUUUACAUGGAGUGGGGGACCCCGGUCUAGUGGGGUUGGUUUCUUUUGUUUUGUGUCCCCCACAGCGUGAAAACAAAAGAAACCAACCCCACUAGACAGGGGUCCCCCACUCCAUGUAAACGGGCCCUAGAAAGACACACUAAUCAGUUCGAACAAACAUUGAAACUUUUCAAGUGCGAAGAGAAAGUAAAUUACCUGCAUGAUUUCUCUUCUCCUCGGCCGUCAAUCUGAAUUCUGCGUAUAAACAGCUAAGCUUAUUUAAAUAUGAGCUUAGCUAGAUAAAAAUGUAGUCACAACAGUGGAUUAAAAGCGUAAAUCUGAGCAGAAAUUAGACACAACUUACAUAUUUCGCUUCCCUCUCACUUAAAGCAGGUGAAUUGAAAACUUUUUACGAAAAGACGAGAUUCUUGAAUUACUGAGGCGGAAAAAUACGCGAAAAAUGUUCUCCGUAGUCCCGACUACGCGAAACAGCUCAACAACUCACCGUAGCCGCAGGACUACUCGGGAAAAAUGAACAGUCACGUGGUUUUGAUCAUGUGCAGUAGCAUGUUUAACCGUAGUCGUAGUCCGUAGUCGCCGUAUCUUAAACUCCCUUAUAAAAUCGGACGAAGGACUUUUUUGAAAGUCUACGUAAAGUCGGGCGUAUUUAAAUUAGCAUGUUAACAUUGACAAUAAUAUAAGCUUUGCCGAUUCUAGUUCUGGAUUUGAAGUAAAUUAAACACGCUUUUAUAAAGCGCUUUUACAGUGGGCUAGUUGACAUAAAUGAGUCCUAAAUUGGGACCUACAAUUAAUGGUGAUAUUUGCGGGAAACCUCAUCUAUAACAGGUAGAAAAAGAAAAAGUUAAAGGCUUGUUUAUACUGGAAAGUGCUCUUAGCUUAUCCAGCUAGUUUACAGGCACUCCACUUAAAUAAUAAGAGACAAAUGAUCCAAAAGACAAAAGUUGGAUUAAAAAACCCAACCUCCUUCCUUUACACUUUCUAAAAUUCCUAUUGCCAAGGCCACUCAUUAAUCAGCUCGAGUACAAUCUAAGGAAAAACGCAGGCGAAAUCUAUUUGUUUAAUGAGUCCAUUACCUGUAGGACAAAGAGGCCAGAGAACUUUUUACAUUUUGAUACUUUGACUAGUAUGAUUAAUUGUUAUUGUAGUACAAUGUAAUCUAACUCGUUAAUACAGUUUUUUUCUGCAAGAGAGUUUUAAUAAACUGUUAGCCAAGAAUUUGAACUCGGGGCCACCGAGUACAGAUCCAGCAAGUGGCCAGACCGGAAUCGAAUUCGGGACCGCUGAAUUUCGAGUCCAAGCGCUCACUACUCGGCAGGAAGUUGAGGAUAGUGGUCUAAACAAAACCUUUACGUUUCUUGAGAUACUUGGCUAAGUAGAAUGACUUUUCAAUGCUUUUCAGGAAAACUUGGAUACGGAAUGGAAAUUUGCAAGGGCAAAAAUGUGGUUAAAUUGGUUUUACAAGAAAAGCGUUCUUCCGCCUCCAUUAAGCAUCUUGUAUGUGGUGCUUCCAAUGUGCUGGGUCAUUAGACGACUUUUCAAAAUCUGUGGCCCAGAAAUUAACACGAAAUGUGGCAGGAUUGAUGAACAGCAGGUAAAAUUCAGUAAGAAGAUAAUUUUCUACAUAGUAGUUCAGACAAGGCAAAUUUCGUCACUUUCUUGAUAUUUUUCGGUACAACUGCUUCAUUUGUCACCUAAAAAGGGUACAUUGUAUUACGAAACUGUCCCGACAGAGGCCGCCAUGUCGCCAUGUCUCGUCCCACAACUGUGAAAGGAUAUUGCAAGUAAAAGAGAUAUCCUUAAUAAAAUACACCGUCUACUUAAAAACUAUAACCAACUAAUAAAAAUACCCCCCCCCCCCCAAAUACUAAAACUAAUUUUAGAAUGUCCUCGUUCCUUACAUUAACACUAAACAGUCCGGAAUAUCCCUAAAUUUAAGGACAGGGCCAACUGGUCACGCGUCACUUUUCAACCAAUGAGAAGGCGCUUUUGUGUUUAUCAACAAACAAAUCAAAACAUCGCCGCAGUGAUCAAAACAGCGGACGGAGUUGGUCAGAAUCAGUCAUCGUUUCGAGGCUCUCAGGCAUAUUUUUAAGACUUUUCAUGAGGCAUACACAAUUUUUUUAAGUGGACAGCGUAUCGCAAGCCAUAUUGGAAGUGUCUCGUGAAAUAUUCAGCACAUUUUGUGGCUUAUUUCUUCUUUAACCAACGCGAUAUAUGGGCGAGGUUUUGGUCGGUUUUCAAGGUAGGUGAACAAGUAUCUGUUAUUUUUUCGAUUCACAGAUUUUUUUACGAAGUUCUAGAACAAGUAUCUGUUAUUUUUUCGAUUCACAGAUUUUUUUUACGAAGUUCUAGACAUUUUUCCACGAUUGUCAUAUCGAUUAACUUUUAUCAUGUUGAAUGUGGGGAUGGUAGACAACCUAGAAUUUUGGUAGACCAAAAUGAAUUCCGAGGUCCAAAACACGUACGUUUUCCACUCCCGGGUUUCUCACAGAGCCGUGUUAUUACUUUUUUUCGCAUUAGUGCGAGCCUUUGCCUUUUUUCUUUUCAAGGCCAAAACAACUUUAUUAGUCUUAUGAAUAUUCACGUCAUACAUCACGCCUCACUUUGCCGAAUUUGCGGGGAUGAAAUUGAAGAUGAUAAGCGCAAGGUAGAUACUAACCGCUUUGUUUCUGAAAUUCACCAAAUCUGGAAAGUUUUAAUGUCGCUGGAUUCUCCAAAUGUUCAUCCACCGUUAACAAACAAUCAAAGAAAGAAGGCAAAUUUCAAGUGUAAAUGAUGUAUUUCGCAACUCAUUGAACAUGCACUAAAUCUGGGAUAAAAUUAAAACAUUGCAGGCACUAUACAGCAAGCAAGGAAAGCACCAGAUGCGUGAAGUCAACACGAAACAACACCAGAAAACAAACAAGAAAAAUUAAUAAAUUUGAACUACUUUUUAUUCUUGUUAUGAUGACUGGUUCUUUGAUUCUUGUCCUGUAGAAGCUAAUAGGUAGUACCGAUCCUGUUUUGUAUGAUCUCAACAAAUUUUCACACUCUCUGUAAGGCUAUUUUUACACGGGACCAGUUUGCUUCUAUCAAAAAUCUUGCAAGCCAUGCCAGUGAAGCCACGACCUCUGCGCUCAGUCCGGUUUCAGUUCAAACACCCCAAUGAUUCCUUGCAAUGAAUAAUGCUCUUAUUCUCUUACAUGAAAUGUUUUCUUUGAAAUAUUAAAUGUGAAACCUACACGAGUACUGUAAGCUCAUCUUUAAUUCUGUCCGUCGACUCCGUCCGUUGUUUUGAAAAUUUUUGAGCACUGGGGCGAUGUUUUGAUUUGUUUGUUGAUAAACACAAGCACGCCUUCUCAUUGGUUGAAAAGUGUCGCAUGACCAGUUGGCCCUGUCCUUAAAUUUAGGGAUAUUCCGGACUGCUAAAGGAGUAUUGCAAGUUACGAGAGCCAAUCGGAACGUGCGAAAGUUGCUAUCCACUGAUUCUGUAAAUACUGGAGACUAUGCAUGGUUUUCUGGUUCAGUCGCUUGCUUUAAUUAGAUGUUUCAUGGCCGAAUGAAUUUACUUUUUUAUUUCUCAGCGACGAGAGGUGAUUCGUCAUCUUGUGCUGAGGUACCUGGCCAAGAGAUCGUGCCCUGCAGAUUCUAGGAGCAACCUGAGU